GUAACCUGCGGAUCACGCGUUUGCAGUGGAAAUGGCCCUAACAAACGACUUGCGAAACGCGCAGCUGCCGAAGCGAUGUUAGCCGAAAUUGGAUAUGUGAAACCUCUACCUCCACCUGGUAAAAGCUUGCUCAAGAAGAAGACAGAUUCUCAGCUAAAUAUAGGAGUUUUUGAUCCCAAUGAUCUGGUAACACCAUUGGUGCCAAAUAAUUCGGGUGACUCAUCGGAUAAUCAUACGGAACAACAGGAAUCUCAUGGGAAUGAUGAACAAGCAAUACAUGAGGGAUUACUAGCUCUUUGCAUAGAUGAGCAUAAUACCCAUCAAGGAAACAAAUCUCCUGACGCAGAAGCGGAAUCGCCUGGCACUGUACCGCCAUCGCCAGGACGUCGUCGUGUGACUUUUAGCAAUCAAGUGAGGGCGUGUCCUCCACCAGAUGAUAGCAAGUAUCCGGAACCAGAACUAGCACCACUCAAAGCCGACGUAUUAGUGGAGGGACGUGUGAAACGUAUCAGAAGAAGCAAAGAGGCGAAAAGGUGCUUGUCUGAUGAUCAGAAAUGUGAAAUUCGUGAGAUUGCAAGAGCAACAAUCCAGGCUUUGCAGACUCCAGCGAUGAUUGCAUGUGGAGACGAUUGUUAA